UAAGAAAAUAAUCAAAUUUUUCAGUAAUAAACAAGUCUACUAGAGACUUGUUUCUGUGUUUCAGAUGUAUAGUUCAAGAAGGCAUGUGAGAAAUGUUUUAGUUGCAAAAGAGCUCUGGGCUGAGGAUUUGUUUCAGCUGAUGGUUUAAAUAUAGCUGUUAUGAAGUUGAUUUUGAAAGGCGGUAACAAAUAACAAGGCAUUUAAGGUCAAGAACAUUUUUCAAAUAAAAUACCUCUAAACCACUAAAUACUAUAUCUGGAUAAAUGUUUGCUUAGGGUGAGAUUUAUGCCAUGAUCCGAAGAGCUAUAGGUUUACUCACAUAACUACAGGCAUGUUUAAAAGGUAAGGAAAUGUUCAACACAUUCUGUACAAGAAAGCAUAUCUCACAUUUAGUUUCAAUGCAUAAGCAAACAUGUAUAUUACUAUACAUCUAUAUAAAGGUUUAGUAAGAAAUGUAAACUAAUCAACAGGUUCUAACGGAGAAAAAGGUAAGAUUUAAUGUGUACAUAAAGGGACUUUACUGUGUACAAUUUUGAAAUAGGUAAGAUAUUGUACUUUGAUAUUUAAGUGCACAUAUUGUCCAGAAGGUUCUCUUUGUUUUCUGCAUUUUUUUAGUUCACACACGUACAACCCAACUCGUUACGGAUUGGGGAUUAUCAGUUGCGAACUUGUCUUAAGGGAUCAGCCACAGGGAUAAAGCCUCUCUCUGACCAGUGUUCCUGAGUUAAGGACUAACGAGAAAGGGAAGAGGACAGAUAAGUUGUGGAGACCCCUCACUCUCUGAGAAGAGAGCAUUUCUGCAAUACAAGCCACUCUACUGCAAGGCCCUGGAUGAACCAAGCCAUUGUUUCAGCAGCAGCACAACACUCCAAUAAAACCUAAUACUAGGAUUAGUUAUAAUCAACCUACAGGUGACCACAAAAACACACAUUUAAUCCAGGAGGCACCAUGGAAACACAGUUUAUCUACGACCUCCUAGGGGAACAUGCUUGGCUGUAUAUCACUGCCUCCUUAGUGGCGUUGUGGGUGGUUGUGUGGCUGUACAGAGACAGCCUGGAGAUCGACCACAUCACUGACAAGUAUGUCUUUGUGACCGGCUGCGACAGCGGCUUUGGAAACCUGCUGUGUCGGAAGCUUGAUCGCAGAGGUUUCCGCGUGCUGGCCGGCUGCCUCACAGAAAAGGGAGCCGAUGACCUGAGGAAAGCAGCAGGCCCUCACCUGAAGACAGUCCUGCUGGACGUGACCAGUCAGGACAGCAUCCAGAAAGCUAUGGAAUGGGCCAGAAAGGAGGUUGGUGAAAAGGGACUAUGGGGUCUCGUGAACAAUGCUGGGCGCUCGUUACCCAUGGGUCCCAGCGAAUGGAUGAAAGUGGAGGAUUUCCACAGCACGCUGAAAGUCAACAUUAACGGCAUGAUCGGCAUGACGAUGACCUUCAUGCCCCUGAUCAAAAAGGCUCCUGGCCGCAUAGUAAAUGUGUCAUCAGUGCUGGGAAGAGUGGCGGCGAAUGGCGGAGGAUAUUGUAUCUCUAAGUUUGCUGUGGAGUGUUUCUCUGACUGUCUAAGGAGAGAUAUAAACUACUUUGGAAUCAAGGUGUGCAUCAUUGAGCCGGGUUUUUUCAAGACUGCGGUGACAAAUCUCGACCCCAUCGAGAGGGAGCUGCAUCGCCUGUGGAACCAGCUCAGCCCAGAGGUGCAAGCCAGCUAUGGAGACAAAUACCUCAAUAAGUACAUAAAAGUGCAGCGUCUGAUAAUGAACGCCGUGUGCGACUCUGACCUCACCAAGGUGACGAGCUGCAUGGAGCACGCUCUGACUUCGGCCCACCCUCGCACCCGAUACAGCGCCGGCUGGGAUGCCAAGCUUCUCUGGAUCCCCCUCUCCUACAUGCCUUCCUGGGUGGUUGAUGUUGGGCUAAAGCUAGUGCUGCCUCGUCCUUCAAAGAGUGUGUAACCAGAAAUGACUUUGAAGAAGUGUCUUCAAAGGCGUCAUUUCGAUGUAGUAUAGAAGCUGACUUAAUAUAUAUUGCCUUUCAAAGCAUCCAAGUUCCUUAUAUACACUGGCCAUGUAGUGAUCUGAUGUUGCAGUUACUGGACAUAUAAUUAAAUGUGCAUCAUCUGCCAUGUAAAAGUCUGAAUAAUGCCUUUUUGACACUUUUAACCAACAUGAAAGAAAAGAAUGAAACUGUACAGUAAAACUAAGUGUAUGCAUAAUAUUUUGUUUGCUAACAGUCAUGUGACUUUAUUAUUUAUGUAUACAUACAGAUGCAUCAAAGUCCUGCUUUUUCAAAAAGAAAAAAAUGGAUUUUCCUACCAAGAAAAACUGUUUUUCUUGGAAAGAGAUGAUCGGCUUAUUUUGGAUUAGUAUACGUUUUGCCUGGGGUGACCUGGGGGGUUGUGGAACUUGUGCUAACACUCGUGACAACAUUUGUUGCAUGACCAAAAGAAAAAUCAAAUAACAAUAUUCUAACCCUAAUUUACUUAACUAACACACAUUGACAAACUUUUCUAUGUUUACAACAUCACUACAUUAAAUGCCUUAAAUAUAAAACUAAAGAAAGCCUUUGGAUGUCUAUGUACUUGUUUUUAUACAGAAGCUCACAGUGAAAACCAAACACACUUCAAUAAGCAGAAGAGGGGUCAGUUUUAAUCAUGUUUCCAUCUUCUUCCAUUUAUAUUGUCCAGGACUGAAAUCCAGUGUCCGGACACGUCACAGGGUGGUGCUAAAAUUCUUAUAAGUCUAUACACAAGAUGAUGUACAACAUAUUUUUCGCAACUUGUAAAAGUAACUACUAAAAUAAUAAAUGUGUUUAGGGGCAAAUCCAACACAAGCAAGUAGUUAAAAGUGUUGUCAUUUUAUUAGUAGCGUUGAAUUAUGGAAACAAAAAUUUUUAUUUCAUGCUGGGUGCUGAUUGGAUGCUGUAUCUGUCAGUCACACAUAAUGAGAUGCUUUUGUAGUCCAUUAUAACAGCGUACUGGUGCUUUUGAGCUCUUUUUGUUAAGUUGAGUUAAACAGCCGUGCACAACAUUUACACUGACAUCAA